CUACUUAUUUGUACAGUGGAAAUAGCGAGAGCUCAAUUUCCAGAUGGUGAUAGAGGAAAUGCACCAACACGUCGACUACCUACUAUGAGGACAUCGGUACGUUUUCUUCCUCGACAAGCUGCUCGAUCUAGUGCAGUAACACCGACUAUUGUACCUAAUCCACGUUUACGUCGUCCAAUACCAUUAAAAUCACGACCGACAUCGGAAGCGAAUGAAAUCCAGCAAGUAACAUUACCACGUGCCAAGCCUACAUUUCUUCCAACGUUGAAAUCGGAGAAUCUAUCAACUCCGCCUCCUCAAUUGCUGCAACAAGACCAGCCGAUAAAACCAGUAAGCGAGGAAGCCAGAGAGGAAGAGGAAGAUAUUAACCAAUCUUUCAUUAAGCAACUAAAUUCAUUACAUGCAUUUCCUCAACCGACCGGUAGUUUAUUCUCAAGUCCUUUAACGCCAAAACCAGAACCCAUAUUCCAAUAUCGUCCGGGUUUCAACUCGCCGGUUUUCAUUCCAAGACAAAUUCAGUACCAGCAACAACAACAACAACAACAACAACAACAACAACAGCACCACCAAUCAUCUCCAACUCCAACGCCAACUCCGUCUCCAACACCAACCCCAUCUCCAGUGACGCAAACGACACUAGCUCAACAUCUUCAUGAAGAAAUAAUUGCUCCAGUACAAUAUCGGCCGCCAAAGCCAGUCAAAUUCCGCAAACCCAUUGAUGAAGAAGAAACUCGUGCUCCCGUAAAACAACACCGAAAACAACAACAGCAUCAGCAUCAGCAUCAACAGCAGCAAAAUUCACAAUCUGAAGUUAUAUCUGAACCACAGCAAUAUCGGCCACAAGCAGACCAGUGGCGACAACAACCAGUUAACAAACAAUCAAGCAAGAAGGCGCAGUAUCGUGAGAAGAAACCUGUUGCGCAGGUUGUUAGACGAUGGCGAGAAGACAAUUCUGACGGGUCAAUAACAUGGGGAUAUGAGAACGAUGACGGUUCUUAUAAAGAAGAGGUAAUUGGUGUUGAUUGUAUAACACGUGGUAAGUAUGGUUACAUUGAUCUAGAUGGUAUCAAGAGAGAGUACACAUACGUGACUGGUAUCAAGUGCGAUGAACAAGAACACGAGGAGCUACAGGAUGAUCUAAAUGGAUUUGUCGAUUAUCAAGAGAACAAGCUAGUCUUCCCCAACGGCAAAACCAUCGACUUGUCUAGUAUGGGCAAAAAACAAUCACGUAGACCGCAGCAUGUUUACAGAAAUUAA